AUGAUAGGGAAUUCUACUAACAAGGGGAGAAGUAAUAAAAAGGACUUCAUAAUGAUUGGACGCGUGCUGAAGCGAAAGCAGCAAAAUGCUAUGAGUCUUAGAAGUAUCAACUAUGCUGUCGGGAAGACCAAGAUGGCUGCAUGGUUUGUUUCGAACUGCAAUACUGACAGCAGUAGAUCCAGGCUGACCAAAACGCUGCAGCAAUACAUCAGCGUUGACGUUUACGGCAAGUGCGGUCCAUUUCAAUGUCCGCGGUCGCGCUCUGCAGACUGCUAUACGCUGCUCGAACGCGACUACAAAUUUUAUUUGUCAUUUGAGAAUUCGCUCUGUAAAGAUUACGUCACGGAAAAGUUCUUCAAGAUUCUGUUGUA